AUGGGAGGCAUUGUUGAUAGACCACAGUGUGCAACUAUUCACGAUGCCUUAACAGGAUCCGCGGACGAACUUCACAGGGACAUAAAUACCAAUAUGGCAGCCACUUCCUCUUCUCCAGUCCACUUCGACGAGGCCAAUGGGCCAGCCAACGACGUCCAAAUCGCAGAAAACAGAGGAAUGCUUAACAAGGGCCACUGCAUCAUAAAUCAGGGCCUCCCAGAGUCCUCCGCCAGUACCCUCAGGGAACGAAUCGCUGCCGACUUAGAGCAAUUCCAGAAACUCCUAAAUGAAAUGCUGCAACCAACAAAAGAUGUCACAGUCCUAAAGUCGUUUCGUUUGGUAGCUGUACAAAUGCCGCUCCGAAGACGCGACCACGACCCCUAA